ACGACCUCUCUCGCUAAGCUAACGUUGGUUUGACAUAGAGACUCAUGCGACAACUGCUCGCUCACUGACAAAAGACUUAACGAAAUGGACCAGACUAAACAAGAAGAGGAAUAUGGUUACGAUUUAUUCCCGGACAGGAAUACGAGAAAGUUUAGCCAAGGGCCCCUUUCAAAAAGCCUGUUCACUUUGAGUCACAAGUGUCAGGUCAUGCUGCAGUUUGCAAUAGAAACUAGUCCAUAUGCAAAACUGCUCCUCAGCGCCAUGGAAAAUUCAGGAUGUGCAGUGUUAAAAGACCGACAUUUUUCCUGUGAAGAUUGUGAUGGAACGGUCAGCGGCGGCUUUGACGCGUCCUCAUCCCAAAUUGUAUUAUGUCAGAACAACAUUCAACAACAGUCCCAUAUGAACAGAGUGGUGACUCACGAGCUUAUCCACGCCUUCGACCACUGCCGGGCGAACGUUGACUGGUUCAACAAUUUCAGACAUUUGGCUUGUUCAGAGAUUCGAGCAGCCAACCUCAGCGGAGACUGCACCUUUACCAAUGAAGCGGCCAGAUUUAACUUUGGCUUGAAGAAACAUCACCAGGAGUGUGUCCGAAGUCGAGCCUUGCGCUCCAUCCUCGCUGUGAGGAAGAUCAGCAGAGAAGAGGCGGAGAAAAUCGUGGACGAGGUCUUCGACACCUGCUUCAACGACCACGCGCCCUUCGGCCGCAUUCCGCACGGCAAGAAAGACGCCAGGUUUGCGUACAGGGAUUACCAGAACAGAGACAGAUACUACGCAAACCUUUAGCAGCCACUCGUUUCAAGACCGUCUCAAUCAAGGGUGCUUUUUUCUUUUCGUUUUUGUUUUUUUUUCUUUUUUCUUUCUUCUUCCAAAUGACACGAGCUUGGCAACAUGAGAGCCAAGGUUAGCGCGGUGUCCUCAGCAGAAUGAAUGUGUGUCCAAAGGGAAUUUUCAGUGAAUGACUCGUCUUAUGAAAAGCCAUACGCUUUGGUAAAGCCACGCAAGGGCGCAGUGAACGCCACGUUAGAAUGUGUAACUUAUGGACAUGUGGACAUUAAUUCAGUGUAAAGGACACGUUGGGGUAUCAUCAGUCUGUGGAAAUUAUUAGCAGAUGCCCCCCGGUCUUUUUGUCAGUUUUUCUGUAAUAAUCAGUGGGUGCUUUUCAGAAAUGCAAGCCGCUGUAUUUCUGCCGGGUUUGAUACUGUAUGUUGUUUCACGGCAGGUUGGAAAGCGUCUCUGUAAGAAACCACAUCGACCACGUUGACCUCCAGCUAUAUUGACAACAGUGUGUUCCUUGCAAAUGCAGCCGGCAAGGCUUGAUUUGAACAGAACCAACUCAUGUUUGAAUUCAAGUUUCAAAUCUAGAAAAAAAAUGUGAUUCUUUUACACAAUACAUUUCAAUCCCAUUUUAAAAACGUGGCCGCCUCUUGGCGUCUUUACUGUUCUCUGUUCAGAAGUGUUACUCUCUAUCCUCAACAAGGUCAGUUCUGAGGACAAGAGGGACAUGUCAUAUAUCAUCACAGCUUAUUUAAAAAAAAAAAAAAGUUUUCUCUUGAAUAUCCAUUAU